GUGCCGACAAACGCGGCCGCGGAUGUGAAUGGUUCCUCGACGCGAUCGGGAACGAAGAAACUCCGCGUCGUCGCUCGUGGCCACCAGAUAAAACCCGUUCCUGCAUUCAGUGAAUAACGAGUCUCCGUGUGGCUGUCCACUCGGCUGCAACUGCACGCGACCAACCUUUCUUCUCCCCUUAGACGAGAGUUCCACCAGCUUCUCCACCCUUCGCGGAAACUGUUUUCUCCGAACCUGGAAAAUCUCCUGCGGGGAACGAUUCUACCUUGUUUUCCAACAGACUCCGCAAGUUUACUCACCGCCGAUAGAAAAGAGAACGAAUCAACCGUGUGUUCGAAGCGUUGGGAAAACGUUGGGAAAUUGAGAGACCGCCGGCACAGUGAAAGGGAAUCGACAGAAUUCAUGAGAUAUCGUCCCGAUAGCUAUCGAUAGAUGGAAAUUUUUAGAACGAUCGAAGAUCGACGGGAGGGGAGAUGAAUUUAUGGGAAGUGCCGGAGGAAAUUGAGAGCACAAGUUUCUUCAGCUGGAGGAGAGUGAAUUGUUUACUGUGGAAGAAAGUUUUGCUGGUCUGCUUCGGGGACUUUUCGCUGAUGACUUUCUUUCUGGCUACGCGGGAGGUGUUUCUCACCGACGAUUUCCUGGACGAGGACGAAACUUUGGAGAUUUUGUAAUCCUCCUUUCGAAGCUUUCGAGACGUGUCGAGAUAAUUUCACGUUAAUUAUCGAACGUAGACUCGUUUUAUCGGUGAAAAACGAAGCGAGCAGGGCGUAAACAAGAAAUUUGGAUAAAGCGAUGUAUCGAAGGAUAGGAUAACAAGGGCUCGCUACAAAAACAGGGCAAAAUGAGUACGCCCAGCGGAAUAAACGGCGUAAAUGGACACGUGGAGGGACACUCGGAGAUCAAGAUGGAUCUGGAUCCAGUUGCGACGAAGGAACGGGAGAGAAAAGGUGUCGUGUACCAGAUACUGAUGUCGUUGUGCGCCAAUUCCUCUGUUCUGGGACCAUCCAUGGCUUUUGGUUACAGCGCAGUAGCUUUGGGACCGUUGAUGUCUCCCACGAGUGACGUGAAGAUCGACAAGUUCCAAGGAAAUUGGAUCGCCACGGCCACAGCGUUGGGGAUUCCACUUGGUUGCAUGGUCUCCAGUUACACCAUGAGACGCGGAAGAAAACUGAGUCUCUUGAUAACGUCCAUCGUGUCCAUCGUUGGCUGGCUCGUCAUUUAUCUCGCCGGGACGUACGAACAGAUUCUUGUUGGAAGAAUCAUUUCCGGAAUCGCGACCGGCACAGCCUCCGUACCGGCGACUGUUUACAGCGCGGAAGUCGCAUCUCCUAAAUGGAGAUCGACGAUGGUCACUUGGACCAGCGUGGCCAUCGCCAUUGGUGUCUUGAUCGUUUACGUUUUCGGGUAUACCUUCAAGGACAACUGGCGAACGGUGGCUCUGAUGUGCGCCCUGUUUCCCCUGAUCUCGAUCGUCCUCACUCUAGCCGUCGUCCCGGAAUCCCCGAUCUGGCUGCGUGACAGAGGACGUCUAGAGGAGGCGUUACAAAUCUUGAAAAAAUUCCACGGGAUUCCGAAAGAGGCUGCACCCACUCAACAACUCUGCCAAGAACUGAAACCACGUCCUCAGCGAAAGAAACGGAAUCUACUGGGACACAUGCUAAAAAGGAACGCUCUGAUACCGUUCACCAUCAUGCUCGGCUAUUUCUUCUUCCAACAGUUCUCCGGUAUAUUUGUCGUGGUCUAUUACGCGGUGGAUAUCAUACAGAGUGCUGGAAUCACGAUAAAUCCGUACUUCGGAGCGGUACUAAUAGGGUUAACCAGGUUCCUAGGCACGAUAUUGGUAGCAUGGGUGUCUGGAACGUUCGGAAGAAGGAUUCCUUCGAUUGUUUCCGGCUCCGGAAUGACGAUCUUCAUGGGAAUAUUGUCCGCGUAUCUGUUGAUGAAGGACAAAGGCUACGUGGAGAUAAACGACGGAGGUUUGAUACCUAUCAUAUGCGUUCUAAUGUACAUUUUCGCCAGUACGCUGGGAUUUCUGGUGAUACCGUUUGCCAUGGUCGGCGAAGUGUAUCCUACGAAGGUGAAAGAGGUGCUGACAGGCUUGACCACCUGUAUCAGCUACAUCUUCAGCUCGAUCACCGUGAAGACUUACCCAGACAUGGAGAGUUCGAUGGGCAGACACGGUGUUUUCAUAUUUUUCACGGUGAUGUCGUUGCUGGGUACCUUGUUCGUGGCUUUUCUGCUGCCCGAGACUAAGGGGAAGACGCUGAGGGAAAUCGAGGACAUGUUUUCGAAGAAGAAGGUCGUCCUUGACCUGCAGGAGGAGAAGAUGGUGAUGGGUUUGAGGGACGUUCCUGAUGGAGUGUAAUGGAAUUGAGGAAGAACAGGUUGAUUCUGUUUGGAAGACUGGAAACGUUGCUUAAAUAUACUCGUUACUGUUAGUAAAUUAAGGUGAAUCGAUGGAAGAAGUGAGAUUGUGAUUAACUUGGACGCGAACAUGUUCAUUUUUCUAAGCUUCGCUACUUAAAACUGAUCAUUAACCAAUGAAGCUGAUUUACUCGUCGCCUGCGAUUCGUGUUCCUUUAACUUUAACGUAAUUUAAGAAGCAUUACUGUGGAAACACCAGAAGAGUACAUUUUUCUACCGCUAGCUUGUAUCAAAAAUAUGUGUUCAUUGGGUAAAAGUGUGAUCGGUACGACGUAACGCUUGCCCAUUUUCCAAUUUCUGAAUAAACUCUCGUAGACGUUGAAGAGAAUUAUUGGCACUUUACACGACCGAUUUUUCCUUUCUAGUCACAGCCUCGUACCGAAUCGUCUAAUUGCUCUGCAAACGAUCGCAGAUGCGGUGUCGUUUUCCUAUUGUUGUUUGCACGCUUCUGACACGAGACAGACACCGAGCUACGACAAUAAAGCUGCAGUUGAUAGCGGCGCUAAACGAACGAUAAGAAACGUCAAGGGCGAUCGACACGACUGCCGACACUUGUCUGACAUCUGUAAUUAGAGACUGGUAAUAGAGGCAUGUCAAAUAAUCUCGUUUAUCACUUUUAUUAUUAAAAUCUUAAAUAAUAAAUUAACAAAUGUCGUAACAAUCACGAUAAUUAAAUAACAAACACAAAAUAACGUACGUGGAUGUGGAAGCAUGAGAAAACGAGGGAAAGUGUUUCGGGGUGUGUGUGCGUGUGUGUGUUGGAGAA